AUGCCUCCAAAGAGGAAAAACGAAGCUGCAAUUAAGGUUGAAGAUGUUGGGAUGGAGGUUGAUGUUGUAUCAGACAGUGGAAGUGAAGAUGAGGCAAGGCGGAGAGCUAAAAACAGAAGAGCCAAACCGCAACGUAAAUCCAAACCAGUCAGUGAUCAUGAGGAGGACGAGGAGGAUGAGGAGGAUGAGGCACCGAAGAAAAGAGUACGAAAGAAGAAGGCUAAACCCCGGGACAGCGAUGAAGAGGAUGAGGAAGACAACCAGAGUGUGAAAAGAAAAAGUUCGAAAGCCUCCAGGAAGAAAAUUAAGGAAGAGAGCGAUGAGGAGAGAGAAGAAGACAGAGAGAAAAGGAAAAAGCGAGGGACAGUCGCUUCUAAAAAGGAGAAAGAGGAGCAUAAUAAGGAGAAGAAGGGAAAUGUUAAAGGGAAACAAGGGAAGAAUAUGGGUGGGGAGAAGGACAAGAAAAAGAAGAAUGGGAAGUUGAGCAGCUCUUCUUCCUCCUCUGAUUCUGGGGAUGAAUCGCUGUCAGAGGGAGAGAUCGCUGCCCUGAAGGAACAGGUAGAGGAGAAGAAGAAACUGAUCACUACAUUAAGGAACAAACCAUGGCGCAUGAAGAGGAGACUUGUGCUACUCAAGGAGGCGCAGGACUUUGUUGAAGAAUUUGAAGGAGCUCUUGGGAAAGGAAAAGGAAGGAAGCUGUAUGCAUUCAAAGUUAUGAUGGCCAAGAAACUAAUCAAGUUUAAACGUGACUUUGAUAACUUCAAAACAGCCUGCAUUCCCUGGGAGAGGAAGAUAAAGGACGUAGAAAGUCACUUUGGAUCAUCUGUGGCAUCCUACUUUAUUUUCCUGAGGUGGAUGUAUGGUCUUAAUCUGGUCCUGUUUGGGUUCAUGUUUGGCCUGGUAGUCCUGCCUGAGCUUCUCAUGGGUCUUCCAUACGGCUCCAUUCCCAGGAAAACUGUGCCUCGAGAGGAGCAGGACACAGCCAUGGACUUCUCAGUGCUCAAUGACUUUGAGGGAUUCUGCAAGUACUCCUUUUUGUUCUACGGCUACUACAACAACGAGCGAACGAUCGGGGUGCUGAAGUUCAGACUCCCUUUGUCAUACCUGCUGGUGGGAGUUGGCAUCUUUGGGUACAGCCUGAUGGUUGUAAUAAGAACGAUGGCUCGUAACUCAAAUGAAGGCGGGGACGGGGCGGAGGAGGGAGAGUUCACCUUUAGCUGGAAGAUGUUCACUAGCUGGGACUACCUGAUAGGGAACCCAGAGACUGCAGACAAUAAGUAUGCCUCCAUUACAACCAGCUUCAAGGAAUCCAUCGUGGAUGAACAGGAGAACCAGAAAAAUGAAAACAUACAUCUCCGACGCUUCCUCAGGGUUCUGGCAAACCUCCUGAUCACGUGCACUCUUGGAGGCAGCGGAUAUCUCAUCUACUUUGUAGUGAAACGUUCGCAAGACUUUGCUAAGAUGGAGCAAGACAAACUCUCGUGGCUUGAAAAAAAUGAGGUGGAGUUUGUGAUGUCACUGCUGGGGUUGGUAUGUCCACCACUGUUUGAAACCAUCGCAGAAUUGGAAGAUUAUCACCCUCGUAUUGCCCUCAAGUGGCAGCUAGGACGAAUCUUUGCCCUCUUCCUUGGAAACCUUUACACCUUCCUCUUUGCCCUGUUUGAUGAGGUUAAUGAAAAGCUGGAGACAGAGAAGUCCAUCAGGAAUGCCACUGAAUGGGCUCUGGAUCAGUACUACGCCAACUACAGCUCACACUUCAACACGACAGAUGUGCCUCCUCCAAAUGUGUCCCCAGCUGACGUCAUCAGAGGACCCUGCUGGGAGAAUGCAGUGGGAAUAGGUUUUGUGAAGCUGGUCGUGUCGGACAUACAGGUGAGCUAUUUGACCAUCCUGGUGGGUGACUUUCUGCGAGCUGUCAUUGUCCGCUUUCUUAACUACUGCUGGUGCUGGGACCUGGAGGCCGGAUUUCCUUCAUAUGGAGAGUUUGACAUCAGUGGAAAUGUGCUGGGGCUUGUCUUCAAUCAAGGAAUGAUAUGGAUGGGAGCAUUUUACGCUCCAGGUCUGGUGGGUCUAAACAUUUUGCGUCUCCUGUCCUCGAUGUACUACCAGGCCUGGGCAGUGAUGUGCUGCAAUGUUCCUCAUGCGCGAGUUUUUAAGGCCUCACGGUCCAACAACUUCUACAUGGGCCUGUUGCUGCUUGUACUGUUCCUCAGCGUGUUGCCCGUUGUCUACACUAUCAUGACCUUGUCCCCGUCGUUUGACUGUGGGCCAUUCAGUGGUCAGGAAAAGAUGUAUGACGUUGUCAUGGAGACUAUAGAGCAAGAUCUACCAUCCUUCUUAGGGAACAUUUUUACAUAUGCCACAAACCCUGGACUCAUCCUGCCUGCUGUCCUCCUCAUGUUGUUGGCCCUCUACUACCUGAAUGCAGUAUCAAAGGGCUACCAACAAGCAAACUUGGACCUUAAAAGGAAGAUGAAAAUGGCACGAGAUGAGGAGAAGAACCGCAGGAACAACAAGGACAGCACAAAUCAAGUGAUGAAAGACUUGGAGGACCUGCUGCCAAACAAGUCUCUAAUACCGCCUCCCAUCCAGGAAGAGCCACCCCCAACUGAUGUUGUAACCGGGAAGGGCAGCAAGUCACCCAAAGUGAAGCCAGGUGCAGCGGCAAAAGGGGUAAAUCUGCAAAAGGAUGUGUCACUGGCUGCCCAAAACCCCAGAGCUCCAGUGACUCAUGCUCCGGGUCCAAGAAGAGGGCAUCCUGGGAAUGCCAGGGGGCCUCACCCUGGGCCUGGUAGAGGAAGAGGUCGGGGUGGGCCUCCACGGCGGCAUGAGUCAUGA